UUUUUUUUUUUUUUUGAGACAAGCCAAAUGAGGGGAGUCGUCUGAUGGGAUCCCUUUGGAAGAAGAUCAGGCAGUCGUCUGAGUGCAAAAUGCUGUGGUUCAUCAACACCAACGGCAAAAGUCUGCCGGACGGAGGCGACAUCAUCAGCCCCCCUGAGAUGAACGGCGUGAGAGAGAGAAAGACGGCGGAAAACGGAGAAGAGGACACGAAACCCAACGAGCUCCGCCGGCCGCUCAGGCUUCCCUUACUGGACCAGGAUCAGGCGGGACACAUCUCGGAGAGGCACAGCAGCAAGGAGAGCAGCAUAGCCGUGGUGCUGCCACAGAAACCCAGCAAGCAGAGACAAAGAGCUGAGCUCAUCACUCCCAUAGAAGAAAGGGUGGACGUCAUUAAGGUCUACCUCGAACCUCGGUCAGAGACGAAGCAGAGCGUCAGGAUGCUGACGGACGAAGUGUCACAGAUCCAGGAGGUGCGGUACUGCCUGAAGACUCUGAGAGAGCAGAUGGCUGCCAGGCAAAACAAUAAUUUCAACAAGGUUCCAGCAAACGGCUUCAGUGUCACCGUGCCCAGCAACCAACCACCUGUCACCACCACCACCAACACCAACAACAACAAUAAUGUCACCCCUGACUUGCAGCUCGAGGACAAUCAGGAGGACAGCGCCAAGCUCAGAGAGGUGACCAGGCGCCUCUACGCGCAGCUGAAGGAGAUGGAGGAGCAGCAUCAGGAGGAACGGGCCAGACUGGAGGCCGAGUCCAACGAGUACCGCAUUCGCCUGGCUGAGCAGUCAGAGCGUCUGCAGGCGGUGGAGCUGCAGUCGGAGGAAAAAGGCCAGCAGGUGGAGGAGCUGCAGAGACUGCUGGAGAGCAUGAGGCUCGAGAGCGGCCUCCUCAGAGACAAGGUGGAGGCGGGGGAGGCGGAGCUGCUGCGACUUAAAGAAGACCAGGAGGAAGGAGCCGAGAAGGAACAAAAGUGCACGGAGCUCAACCAUCAGGUGGCUGUGCUGAAGGAGAAGAUCUAUCACCUUGAUGACAUGCUGAAGAGUCAGCAGAGGAAGCUCCGUCACAUGAUUGAACAGCUGCAGUACUCACGGACGAUACUCCAAGACAGGGAUCGGGUCAUCAUGGAUCUGGAGGAGAAGGUCGCUUUCCUGGAAGCUGAGAACAAGGAACUGCACGACCACAUGGAGCACUUCCUGGCAGGACGGGACCCUCCUCCCCUGUCCACAGAAAACAAGCCAGAAAUUGUUUAUAGCAAACCUUUGAUUCCAGCAUCCCCGACCCCGACCGACAAAGUUCUGCCUUUCAUCAAAGUCAUCGAGACCAGAUCCUGAGCAAUAUCUAAAAAUAUUAUCCAAAACAAAUGUGUAAAUGUUUUUUUUUAACUAAUUCACUCUUCUAUAUAUAUUUAUAUGGUAGAUCUGCAGUGAUGGGAAACACCAGUUUAACCAACCUCAUUUUUAAGUUAUCACCUCACAGUUGUUAACACUGUGGUCUUUUACACUCAGGAUCAUUGUUGCAUGUCAAAAAAA